CCCGAACGGAAUACAAAAAGGAUACGCGAUCAGUGUAUACCGAUCAGUGGCCGUUGAAAAGUGACCUCUUGCCCUCCCCCAAAACCCAAGAAAUAGAAUUCCGAUUUAGUGUCAUACGAAAUAUUCUUUGGGGAUCGGAUACGAUAUUUUGCCAAAUUUCCAGAUCUUCGUAUAGUUGGGUCCUCAUACAGACUGAGCCAGGACAAAGCCCCCAGCAUGCCGAACAAGAAGAAAGCCCAGGCGGCGAAGGCGGCGAGCGAAGAUGGAGACAUCGUGAUCUCAGGACUCUCCGGCAAAUUGCCGGAGAGCAGCAACAUCGAGGAGUUCAAGUACAACCUGCUCAACGGCAUCGACAUGGUCACAGAUGAGCCCCGCCGCUGGGAAGCAGGCAUCUACGGCCUCCCCGAGCGCAUGGCCAAAAUGAAGGACUCCGAUCUGGAGAAGUUCGACGACAAGUUCUUCAGCGUGCACCAGAAGCAGGCGGAGCUGAUGGACCCCUGCAUGCGGAUGCUGCUGGAGCUGACCCACGAGGCGAUCAUCGAUGCGGGCAUCAAUCCCGCCCAGCUGCGGGGCAGUCGGACGGGCGUCUACAUAGGCCUCUCCUUCGUGGAGACGGAGCACGAGAUCCCGAACAUGGAGCCGAGCAGCAUCAAUGGCUACUGCCUGACGGGAUGUGCGCGGGCCAUGUUCGCCAACCGCAUCUCCUACACGUUCGACUUCAAGGGCCCCAGCUUCAUCGUGGACACCGCCUGCUCCAGCUCGCUGGUGGCCUUGAACCACGCCUUCGCCGACAUGCGGGCGGGUCGCUGCGACUACGCCCUGGUGGCCGGUGUGAAUCUCAUCCUGAAACCCAUCUUUGCCCUCCAGUUCCUGCGGCUGGGCAUCGUCAGCCACGACGGCUCCUGCAAGACCUUCGAUGCGGCGGCCAAUGGCUAUGCCCGGGCGGACACGUGUGCCGUGGUGCUGCUCCAGAGGCGAAAGGAGGCCAAGCGGGUGUACGCCAGCAUCCUGAAUGUGCGCACAAACACGGAUGGCUUCAAGGAACAGGGCGUGACCUUUCCAGAUGGCCGGAUGCAGCAGGCUUUGCUGGAGGAAACAUAUAGCGAAAUAGGCCUUAAUCCGGAUGAUGUGGUCUACGUGGAGGCACAUGGCAGUGGCACACCAGUGGGCGAUGACCAGGAGGCCAACAUGCUGAGCAACUUCUUCUGUCGGCCCUCGCGAUCAAGUCCGCUGCUCAUUGGCUCGGUGAAGUCCAACAUGGGUCACGCGGAGCCUGCCUCCGGGGUGAGUGCCCUGGCCAAGAUGAUCAUCGCCAUGGAGGAGGGCAUCAUUCCAAAAAAUCUGCACUACCGCACUCCGAAUCCUUCGGUUCCGGCCUUGGUCGAUGGACGUCUCAAGGUGGUGGAACGGAACCUCCCCUGGCAGGGUGGCAUCGUGGGUCUCAACUCCUUCGGCUUUGGAGGAGCCAAUGCCCAUGUGGUGCUCAAGUCCCAUGCGAAGGCCAAAGUUCCUAGGGCUUCUCCAAAUGCGAAGGAGGCCGAGCAAUCCCUGAGGCUAGUCACCUGCUCUGGCCGCACGGAGGAGGCAGUGCAUCAGUUGCUGAAAGUGGCCACCGAGCAAAAGGCCGAUCCGGAGCUGCUGACCCUUAUCAAUGACAUCCAUUCCCAUCCGAUUCCCUUGCAUCCGUUCAGGGGAUACGCUGUCCUGGGGUCCAGUGGCUCCGUCAAGGAGGAGGUGCUGCCCUACGAGGAGGAAGAGCGACCCAUCUGGUUCGUCUACGCCGGCAUGGGCAGCCAGUGGGCCAGCAUGGCCAAGGAUCUCAUGCAGCUGGAGGUGUUCCGAAAGUCCAUUGAAAAGUGCGCCGAGGUGCUAGCCAAGGUGGACUUUGAUCUCAUAGAAGUACUGACCCGCUCCACAGAACGUACCUUUGACAACAUGUUGUACUCCUUCGUGUCCGUGUCCGCCGUUCAGGUGGCACUGACAGAUCUUCUCCGGGUGCUGGAGAUCCGGCCUGAUGGCAUCAUUGGCCACUCGGCUGGUGAGCUGGGAGCAGCCUACAUGGACGGAUGUCUCACGGCAGAGCAAACUGUGCUGGCCGCCUACUGGCGCGGUAGGAGUGUCCUGGACACUCCGGAUCUGCCACGAGGAAAGAUGGCAGCGGUGGGUCUCAGCUGGGAGGAGAUCAGAGCCCAUAUCCCAGAGGAUUGCUAUCGAGUGUGUCACAAUAGCGAAGAUAACUGCACAGUUUCCGGGCCACCGGAUUCCAUGGAUGCAAUGAUCAAGAAGCUGACGGCGGAGGGAACCUUUGUGAGGGAAGUGGGUUCCGGAGGCUAUGCCUUCCAUAGUCCGUACAUUGCAGGAGCAGCUCCCAUGCUACGUAGAAAUCUGGAGAAACUGAUCCCGGAACCCAUUGAGAAGAGUCCCCGGUGGCUGAGUACCAGCGUCAAAGAAGAGGAUUGGGAAACGGAGAAGAACCACCUGGCAUCCGCUGGUUACUUCAUAAGCAACCUGAUCUCGCCCGUGCUCUUCCACCAGGCCGUCAAGAAGAUCCCACAGAAUGCCCUCAUUGUGGAGAUAGCACCCCAUGGACUCUUCCGGGCGAUACUCCGAUCCCUGAGCCCCCAGAUCAGCUAUGUGAGCCUGAUGCAACGCGGUCAUGCCAACAACUUUGAGUUCCUGCUGAGUCAGUUGGGCAGACUCUUCGCCGCCGGAGGUCAGCCACAGAUCCUGAAGAUCUCCCCUGCCAUUAGCUACCCCGUCUCCCGAGGCACUGCCAUGCUGGGCUCCCUGAUUGGUUGGGAUCACAGCCAGAAAUGGAACUAUCCGAAGUUCAAGGGCGGUCGGCAAGCGGGCCAGCUGAGCGUGGAACUGGAUUUGGGCAAGGAGGAGAAUGCCUAUCUGGCUGGGCACACUAUCGACGGGAGGAUUCUGUUCCCGGCCACCGGCUACAUGACUUUGGCCUGGAUGAGUCUCGCUCAGCAGCAGGGAUUGGACUACCUGCGCACUCCCGUGCUCUUCGAGGAUGUCGUCUUCCAUCGGGCCACGAUUCUUAGCGUGGGCACCGUGGUGAAACUGACACUCAACUUCUUCCCGGGCAGCAGCUCCUUCGAAAUCUGCGAGGGCAGCAGCCUGGUGGCAUCGGGAAAGAUCCGCCUGGUGACCAAUGUUCAGCAGGAGCAACUGCAGCUGCCAUCUCUGCCAGGCAUCGCUGGCUCCAACAAGCUGAGCACCAAAGACAUCUACAAGGAACUGAGGCUGAGGGGCUACGACUACAGUGGGGUUUUCCAGGGCAUUUUGGAGACGGAUAUAGCGGCGGUGACAGGUCGCCUGCAGUGGGCGGAUAACUGGAUCAGCUUCAUGGACACCAUGCUGCAGUUCCGCAUCCUGAGCAACGACAUCCGCGAGCUGUACGUGCCCACGGGGAUCGAGAGGGCCCUAAUAGAUCCUCUGAAGCAUCUGGAGCUGGCCAAGAAGCACCAGCAGAAGCUGACGGUCAACUGGCACCGCAACAUCUCGGUGGUCAAGUGCGGCGGAGUGGAGAUCCACAAGAUGAAAACCGCCCAGACCCAGAGGCGGUCCGGUGGCCAAUCCGCGCCCAGCUUGGAGCGCUACAGAUACUGGCCACAUUUCCAGCACCUGGGCCAGCGGGAGGAUCAGCAGAAGUCGAGGAGCACAGCUCUGGCGGUGGCCAUUCAAUUGGUGAUCGAAAACAGCGGCGGAGCUAUGAAGCUCAAGGGCGUGGAACUGGCUGGAACUAAGUCCUCCUUGGAUAACCUAACUGCCCCGCAGCUGGUUGAGCUAAUAGAGCGAGAGCCCAUCCUGGUGGCUGACCUUGCGGUGGUCAGCAGCUCCUCCAACGAAUCCGAACUUGGUGAUCAGCUCAAAGAGCAUGGCAUUAGGUUGAUAUUCAAAGAUAUCUCUGCUGGCGCAGUGGAGCAGCAGUGUCAUUUCGUAUACUCCUCGGACAUUCUGGCCAAAAACUCUCUCAAGGAUCUGCAACACUGCCUGGAUAGCCUAAAAGCUGAGACGGGUUUCCUGCUCCUGGAGGAAGCCGCCAGCAGGUACAACAUAAUAGGAAAGGAGAAGUUGAACAAACUGAAGUUGGUGCCCGUUUUGGAGCAGUUCUUUGGGGCAGAUCGAGUCCUAGUCCUGGUCAGAAAAGCUGCGACUAUCCAAUCUACCCAGAAUCUCAUUCUUCAGCUGACCAACCGGCAGUUCAAGUGGGUCAAUGAUCUGAAAAGUCAGUUUGCCAAAGCCCAAGCGGAGCAGAAGAAUCUCUACUUGGUGGCUCAGGGGGAACCCAAUUCCGGAGCUUUGGGCUUGAUGAACUGCCUGAAGAGGGAGUCGGGUGGAAACUGUCUGCGGCUCUAUCUGAUCCUUGAUGAAGGUGUGCCCCAGUUUUCCCUGGACGAUCCCUUCUACGCCGAACAGUUGGCCAAGGAUCUGGCCAUUAAUGUGUACAGGAAUGGAAAUUGGGGCAGCUUCCGUCACCUGAAGAUGGAAUCUCAAUCACCCCUGCUGCCCGUGGAGCAGGCCUAUGUGAACACCCUGGUAAAGGGCGAUCUCUCCUCGCUGCGCUGGAUCGAGAGUCCCCGUUCGAAUCCCAGCCAGUCGCACCUGGAGCCCUGUACCGUCUAUUAUGCUCCUCUAAAUUUCCGAGACGUGAUGCUGGCCUCGGGCAAACUGGGUGUAGAUGCUCUGCCAGGGGAUCUGGCCUACCAGGACUGCGUCCUAGGACUGGAGUUUGCUGGUAGGGACUCUCGUGGCCGUCGCAUCAUGGCCAUGGUCACUGCUAAGUCCCUGGCCACCAACUGCCUGGCAAACAAGAAUCUUCUUUGGGAAAUCCCCUCGAAAUGGACGAUGGAGGAGGCCUCUACGGUUCCCUGUGUUUACGCCACUGUCUAUUAUGCCUUGGUGGUCCGAGGACAGAUGAAGGAGGGUGAGAAGAUCCUUAUCCAUGCUGGUUCCGGAGGAGUGGGUCAGGCUGCCAUUUCGGUAGCCCUAGCUCACGGAUUGACCGUGUUCACCACCGUGGGCAGCAAGGAGAAACGGGAGUUCCUGCUCAAGAGAUUUCCCAAGUUGCAGGCCAGGAACAUCGGCAAUUCCCGAGACACAUCCUUCGAGCAGCUGGUCAUGAGUGAGACCCACGGAAAUGGAGUGGAACUGGUGCUUAACUCCCUCUCGGAGGAGAAGCUGCAGGCCUCCAUCCGGUGCCUGGCACUGAAUGGUCGCUUCCUGGAGAUUGGUAAGUUCGAUUUGAGUAACAACACCCCCUUGGGCAUGUCGGUGUUCCUCAAGAACACCUCCUUCCACGGGAUUCUCCUGGACAGCGUGAUGGAGGGGGAGGAGGAGAUGCAGCUGAUGGUGGCCAAGCUGGUCACGGAGGGCAUCAAGAGUGGAGCAGUCCAGCCGCUGCCCACCACCGUCUUUGCGGAGCAGGAAAUCGAGAAGGCCUUCCGCUUCAUGGCCUCCGGUAAGCAUAUUGGCAAGGUGGUGGUCAAGGUGCGUCUGGAGGAGGAGCAGCAGGCGGCUCUUCCGCGUCUCCGGCAGAUCCAGGCCAUUCCCCGCUCCUACAUGCACCCGGAGAAGAGCUACAUCCUGGUCGGAGGCCUGGGAGGAUUUGGCCUUGAGCUGGCCCACUGGCUGGUGUCCCGAGGAGCCCGCUUCCUGGUCCUCAGCUCUCGUUCGGGAGUGAAGAGUGGCUACCAGGCUCUAAUGAUUCGUCGCUGGCACGACCGGGGAGUUCAGGUGCAGAUCGACACCAAUGACGUUACCACCGCCGUGGGCUGCCAGAAACUGCUGGAGGUGAGCAACAAGUUGGCCCUGGUUGGGGGCAUCUUCAACCUGGCGGCGGUGCUGCGCGAUGGUCUGAUCGAGGAUCAGAGCGCGAAGGACUUUGAGAAGGUAGCGGCACCCAAGCUGCUCGCCACCCAGCACCUGGACAAGAUCUCCCGGGAGAUUUGCCCCGCCCUGGAGUACUUUGUCUGCUUCUCUAGCUUGUCCUGUGGAAGAGGUAAUGUGGGACAGGCCAACUACGGACUGGCCAACUCCACAAUGGAGAGGAUAUGCGAGCAGCGACAGGAAUAUGGUUAUCCGGGUACAGCCAUCCAGUGGGGAGCCAUCGGCGACACCGGGCUGAUCAUGGAGCACAUGGGCAACAACGAGACGGUGGUGGGUGGCACCCUGCCGCAGCGGAUGAACAGCUGCCUGGAGACCAUGGACCUGUUCCUGCAGCAGCCCCAUCCCGUUAUGGCCUCCAUGGUGGUGGCCGAGAAGCGCAAGACGGAGCAGGCCAACCGGCUAAGUCUGAUAGCGACCAUUGCGAAUAUCAUGGGCCUGAGGGAUGUGAAGAGUGUCGCCGACAAGACGACCCUCUUCGACAUGGGCAUGGACUCGCUGAUGAGCACGGAGAUCAAGCAGACGCUGGAGCGGCACUUCGACCUGGUCCUGAGUGCCCAGGAGAUCCGCCAGCUGACCUUCAGUGCCCUAAGGCAGAUCGAUGCCCAGGAGCAACCCUCAGUGGCGUCAACCUCCUCCUCCUCCUCCUCCGCCACAUUAUCGGGAGCCAAGAAGGAGGCCCACUUGGAGGUGCAACCCCAGAGCGAUGAGACGCGCAAGGUAUUCGCCAAGGAAGUAUUACCCCAGCAGGUGACAGUGCGCCUCCGAUCGAAGGCGCCGGUGGCCAGCGAGGAUCCGGCCGUGUUCUUCCUGGCCCCCAUCGAGGGCUUCACAAUAGCCGUGGAGGCGCUGGCCGCCUCGCUCACCUGCCCCGCCUACGGGCUGCAGUGCACGGAGCAGGUGCCCCUGGAGUCCAUCGAGGCCUGCGCCGCCUACUAUCUCAGCCAGAUCCAGAAGCUCCAGCCCCUCGGUCCCUAUCACAUCGUGGGCUACUCCUACGGCUGUCUGCUCGCCCACGCCAUCGGGGUGGCGCUGGAGCAGCGUCGCUUCGGGGUCAAGGUCAUAAUGCUGGACGGAGCGCCCACCAUGGCCAGUGGCUACGUCCAGGAGGCCAAGAAGCAGACGGACGACCUCAACCGCCAGCAGUCCAUGACGCUGGCCUACUUCGGAGCCCUGCUCGCCGACGUGGACUACAACCAGCUGCUGCAAGUCCUCGACGGGUUCCAGACAUGGCCCUCCAAGCUGGACAAGCUGGCUGACACUCUGGCCGGCCACACGCAGCAAACCAGAGAAGUGAUCAAGAAGGCCGCCUGCAUGUUCAAACAGAAGCUACUGCUUUCCGAGAGUUACAAGGGCGCCCAGCAGCUCCACAGCGAUGUGGUGCUGAUCAAGUCGGCGGAGCACAAUGCGAUCAUGGCCCAGGACUAUGGCCUGAAGGAGAUUUGCAGUGCCCAGAUCGAUAUGCAUGUGGUGCAGGGCACUCACAGGACUUUCCUCAAGGAGCCGCACACUCUUCAGAUCAUCGAACGCGUCCUGAGGAAGCGUCCCUAGUGGAGGAGCUGUAGUUCGUAGUCCCCUUCCUUUAAUAAUGUUGAAGAAUUCCUUUGUAGAUUUUAAUGUACCCCCUAACCAAACCAAUACACGUAGCAAUCCUGCAGAGGUUGUUUAAUUAUAAUCGACUAAUUGCCAUGCA